AUGCAUUGUCUAUUGCCUUUGAGUCUGGCGCUAAUGCUAUGCGCCUUGCUAGUGGAACCAACUGAAGGUUUGGGCCGUAAUGCGCCGCGCCAACGAUCCCAGAAUUAUCGUUUGGGCCUGCGCUCGUCGAUGGGUCGCAAUUACUACGAUUCUAUUGAUAAUGACAAUGAUGAUGACGAUUACAAUUCCGAGGGUCGCUUCACCUCAUCGAUAAUAAACAAACUGAGCAGCAAAUUUGGUAACUCUUCAUCGUCUUCGUCAACACCGGUUACCACGACAACAGUAACAUCACCCACCUCAACUUCCCCCACUUCAACAUCGUCUCCUACGUCAUCACCGACCACUUCUACAGGUACCUCCACCGCCACCCCAACAUCAACAGGGACCGCCACGGGUAGAGCGAUUCAGAACUCUAACGAAUUGGCUCGAAAUGCCUACGAUGAUGAUGAGGACGAUGAUGAUGAUAAUGUUGAUGUCGAUGAUAAUGAUGAUGAGGUUGAGGGUCACGAUGAUGGUAAUGAUGAUGAUGAUGAUGAAUUCUAUUUGGUGGCAGCUCCAGCAUCAGCGAUCGGCAAGCAAUCAUCCUCCGGAAACGGUCAAAGUCUGCGACCCACGGAACAGCAAUGGCAACAAUUCCAAAUGGAGAGACGUACUCGGCGUCGUGUCCAGCAAUUGCAGAGGCAGCAUAACCAACGCAUUCGUGCCCUGGCCCGUCGCCAGCGUUUGUCGGACCGUCGUAAUGCCCAGCGUUUGCGUCGCCUGAGACGCCAACAGCGUCGCAACAGCUCCCAGCGUCAGCGUCGCAACCGUAAUCGCAAUAAGAACCAGCGCCUGCGUCGCCGUAGACAGAAUCAGCAGAAGCGUCGCCGCCAGCAAGGACAACGCCAACGUCGCCGUCAGCGUCGCAACAACCAGAGACGCAUCCGCCAGGCCUUGCGUCGCCGUGGCCGCCGUGGUCGUCGUGUGAUUGCUGUGUAA